CAAAGACCGGACAUUCAGGUGUUUGUCUACACCUGCAUGAAGGAAAUUACUUUGCCUAAAGAAAGUUGUCCAACUGCGCAGUUUCUGUAAAGAAUUAUUUUUUUUAGCAUGUCAAAACUUUCGACUGACACUAACAUAAUGACCUUUCCGACUGUGUAUUUCGGGAAGGACGAGACUUAAACUUUUUUUUAUCAAAAGUGAAAGUAAAGCCAGUGAUUUUCCUGCUUUCCUGAAAUGGCUCGCUCUUACUUCUUGGCCUGUUGUAUCUUAACCUCCUGCUUAGUUUCUGGACAGCCGCUAACAUAUCACCUCCAAGGGGAGACCAUCCACCUGAAGCCACACGUCACUGGACAACCUGAUAAUAUUCUGUGGAAACAUAAUGGCAACAAAGUGGUAGAGUUUGAUGGCAUGGAGGAAGAGGUGUACAGCCAAUUUCAAAACAGGGUCACUCUUGACUGGAUAUCUGCAGAACUAUAUUUGACAGAUGUCAGAUAUGACGAUAGCGGAGACUAUGAACUGGAAAUAUUCAUAAAUAAAGAGUUAAAAAAAAUCCACUAUAAAUUGGAGGUCAUAGGCAAGGUUUCCAAACCCACUGUGUCCUGUGACAUGAAUAAUGGCAGCCCCAAUACAAACGGAGCCCAGGCAACGCUGACGUGCUCUGCAGGUCCUCAGUCCUUAAUGAGCUAUGAGUGGGACUCGCAAGGAAUGAUCAUGCAGCCUGGCCCAAAGUUAACAAUAUCUCUGGGGGAUGAACAUGAUGAUAAAAUGUACACUUGUACAGUGAGAAACCCUCUGACUAAUGAAACCACUACAUUCAGAGCAAAGGAUUGCUACGCCGAGGAGAGUUCAUCCGUAGCACUCCCUGUUGGCUUAUCCUGCGCCUUCCUUGUGCUUCUCCUUUGUGGCGUAAUAUUCUGCAAACUAACUCGUAAAGCAUGUUUUGCAGAGAGAAACAAGGAUUCUUUCAAACCUGGUACAAGAGGAGAGUCAGAUAUGGAGACAGCUCAGAAUGACACACGUGUACCUCUAAUGAGAGAAUCCACACGCCGCUCUUCACAGAGACUUCACCAUCAGAACCAAAGUGAUGGGAACAUUAAGCCUGAUGCCCAUGUUUUCAAUCACAAAGAAGACAUGGAAGAAGGAAAAGAACAUGGCAUGGAUAUCCAAAAAGGGCACGUCCAGAAUCAUAUAAAUAGAUUUGAGCAAAAAGGUGGUGAAGGUUUAGAGAAGAACACAGACCAGGUUAAGAGAGCUCUGGUUCCUCUUCCAACUACUCGGGAUCAGGACAAUCUUCCAGGCAACCACAAAGGAGAUGCAGAAGCAGAUCAGUCCAGAGGACCGGCAGAGAACAAGAUCCCAGAGUGUGAUUCUUCAGACACCGGAGAGGCAAAUGAACCAGAACCAGUUGGUGUGUUGGACGACAGUGAGGACACACAGCCUGAUGUGGAAUCAUCACCUGCUCCUGAACACCCAGGUUUAGAGGAGAACACAGACAAGGAUAAGAAAGCUGUUCCUCCUGUUCUGCCUAAAAAACCAUCUUUCCGUCGAAAUCUGGACAAUCUUCCAGGCAACCACAAAGGAGAUGCAGAAGCAGAUCAGUCCAGAGGACCGGCAGAGAACAAGAUCCCAGAGUGUGAUUCUUCAGACACCGGAGAGGCAAAUGAACCAGAACCAGUUGGUGUGUUGGACGACAGUGAGGACACACAGCCUGAUGUGGAAUCAUCACCUGCUCCUGAACACCCAGGUUUAGAAGAGAACACAGACAAGGAUAAAAAAGCUGUUCUUCCACUUCCUCCGCCUAAAAAACCAUCUAGAUGUUGGAGUCUGAACAGUCCUCCGCAAAAUGACCAAGGACACGCAGAAGCAGAUCAGUUCAGAGGACCAGCAGAGAACAAGAUCCCAGAGUGUGAUUCUUCAGAAACUGGACCAGACCCAGUUGGUGUGUUGGGCUGUAGUGAGGACACACAGUCUGCUGUGGAAUCAUCCACUGCUCCAGAACACCCAGAAUCAGAGAAGGAGGAAGCAAAGUCUCCUCCUGCAGAUGGCAUCUCUCAUCCUACUCCUAGGCCACGUUCUUUUCUGAUCCGAAACCCCCCAGAGAUGGGAACUAAGGACACUGCUGGUGAACACAAGGAAGAUGCCAAGUCAGAACCGGUUGAUGGAGAAACAUCAGAAAAAAAUGUCCGAGAAUCUGACUCACCAGGCUCAGAAGAAAGAAAUGAAUGAGACGACCAGUGAGGAGAAACAGUUGUCCACCGUUUCUGAGCAGAAUAGUUCAGAAACGGCUGUAAAAGAUUCAAACUUCAAACACACAAGAAAAACACAACCUGCUAGAAAUGGACAGUUUCUGAAGAUGAAAGUGAAUAAGACGACGUAGGUGACAGGGGAGAAAUAGGUACGGUCUUUAGACACCUCUCAGCAGCUUCAGAGCCCCACACAAACAAAACCAGACAACACUAAAACCAAUACUUUUUUAAGAGUCUCUAAACACUGCCCAUGCAGAUACAGACGAAAAACCACAAAGCAAAACCAGGCAUGACACAGCUGAGUCUUAGGGGCUGUCAGACAGCAGCACACUAGAGGCAGAUAAAGGUCCGGGUGAGGGUAAAACUGUUGAGAAAAAUGAGGACCCAUGUGGCCCAAAAGAAGAAAAGCCAGCGAGAACCUGAGUGAGGAUAAAGAAGGACAGAGGAAAGCUGAAGCUGUUGAAUAGGCUUUCAAACAACUAGGCAAACUGAAAAGAGAAAAAGAAGCAGACAGAGAAAGUGAAGACACAAAUACAACAUAGCAAAUGGAUAAAAUCAAUUCAAAUAUGUAAAGGCGGAGUUUUAGGAGUAUGGAGGACUUUCAAGGCAGUCCAAAGGCAGACAAAUAUUUUCUGUGGGACAAUAAUGGAGAGAUUGACAUUCAGGAAGAAUUUGAGAACAGACAAUUUCCUAAGUGAAAAAGGACAGUUUUGAGGUUGAGGCCCAGAGCAGAUUGAAAGCAGAAGGGUGAUUCAUCUUUGUUGCCUUUUUUCCUCUUUCAUAAGUCACGUACUGUAACUUAAAGGUUUCAUUCAAACCAGUAAUACCAGUAUUCUAACUAGCUAGCUGACUGAGGAACAACAGAGUCACCCUUAUACACACAGAAAGACAAGAGAUGUGUGAACCUGAAAAGGCACUACGGAAAUUACAGUUUGUAGGAAGUGGCUGCCAGAGUUCCAGACGUUUGAGUCAGAGAGUACAGAAACAGUUGUGCUUUCAUUUUUACAUGUUAGUAUGUGUCUCUUGAGAAUUCCUUAAGAGAAUGGUAUUAAUCUUGAUCUUAAUCUUGUAAUGUGUUUUUAUUGUUUGUAUUUUUACAGGGUCAACACAGUUUCCACUGUUGCUUUGUUUUUAGAUAGAAGAAGCUAUAUAUUUAACUGUAAAUUUAAAAGCACUAAUCUCAUGAAUGUCAUACUGACUAUUCAUAUUAAUCUCAUACUAUGACUUUUGGCCUUGAAGACUGUAAUGUAGAAAAUAAGAUAAAUUGAAUGUGCAAUGACAAGGAUCAGCAUCAAAUAUCCCUCUGGAUUCAUAAAGGACUUAUGGGACAUAUGGGAUUUUAUGAUGCUGUAACAUAAUGUAAAAGGUGAUCCCCAUGCAUGCAAAUAAUUCAUCAUCAGAUAUCUGUUCUUCAUGCAAUCACAAAAAAGUUUCAUUUUUUCAGAGCUAAGGGUGUAUUUGUCAGCACUCUUUAGUCAUGCUUUGUUUGUGAUUUCCAUUUAUGAUACUACAACUUUUGUUGUAGGUUUUGUUUCCAUUCCCUUGCUGUAGUUUUUGCCAAUGUUUUGGGAAACCAUUGCAUUGCCCCGUUUUGGAUUCUCAUGUCUUUUAAUUGUAAAAACAAUAUUUAAGUAAUU